AUGCCGGCGCGGCUGGGCGGCGCGGGCGCGGGCGCCGCGAACGCUGACGUGAGCGUGGCGGACUCACCGCUAGCUUCGCUGGAGUCGCUGACGCAGGCCGCCGUCAUCGCCGUCGUGGGCAUCGCCAUCGUCAUCUCCAACUUGCUCAUCAUAGCUGCCUUCCUCAACUUCAAAGGGCUGGCGCACGAGGUGAUCAACUACUACCUGCUGUCGCUGGCGGUGGCGGACCUGCUGUGCGGGCUGCUGGUGGUGCCGCUGUCGGUGCACGCGGCCGCCGCGGGCCGCUGGGUGUUCGGCGGGCUUGUGUGUCGGUUGGCCGGCUACCUCGAGGUCACGCUCUGGUCCGUCUCCGUCUACACCUUCAUGUGGAUAUCUGUGGACCGCUACCUAGCGGUCCGGAAACCGCUCCGAUAUGAGACGGUUAGUUUGACGGUACAAACGCGCACGCGCAGCCAAUGCUGGAUGGUGUUCACGUGGAUCUCGGCCGCCAUGCUGUGCUGCCCGCCGCUGCUCGGCUACAAGAAGGAGGCCAACUACGACGCGCGCACCUUCAUCUGCAUGCUGGAUUGGGCGUCGACGUACGCGUACACCGCGACGCUGGGCAUCCUCGUGCUGGGGCCCAGCCUCAUCUCCAUCGUGUACAACUACUUCUACAUCUUCUCAAUGCGGCGCAAGCUUAACAGCGGCGCGCCCAUCCACGACAAAGAGUACGCGACAGCGCUGGCGGAGAACCUCGCCAACCCCAGCCACUGCAUGAGCUUCCUGCUGGUCGUCACCUUCUGGCUCUCCUGGAUCCCCUACUUUGGCCUUCAGAUUUACGAGUACUUUACAGCUCCGGUGGUUAAAGUGCCCAUGUUGCAUUUUGGUGUGGUCUGGUUGGGGAUUCUCAACUCGUUUUGGAAAAUCGUUAUAUUGAUAACGUUCAGCCCGCAGUUCAGACUGGCGCUCAGGAUCCUGUGCCUGACGUGCUGCCGUGCCAAAGGCCGGCUACAGGCCGAGCUCGUCGGGAUGGACAACGACGACUAAAACCGCCUCUCUGUUGCUACAUUUUGUGUCGGCUUCGGUCCAGUUGUCGAGUCCGCCGCUGAUAUGCCGAAGCCGGCACAACCGUUUUUCUUGCCCACUUUUGCAGAGGUAUGGCGGGUUUGCUGGCCGCUAGUCGUGUCACACAAACGAUGACAUUAGAUAAAUGUUGUAGCAAAACAUACUCGUAUUCCACUUAAUAGUUAUGCAAUGUAGGUUAACCGUAGCUUUUUAUUUAUUUUGAAGAUAGACGAGGACUUUAGCAUUUUAUACAAAGUACUAGGCAAUUUUACUUCGAACGCGGAAUCCACAACGUCACCGACAUGACACGUACGUAUAAAAUGUUUCAUCAGUCUGCAAAAUAUAUCAAAACACGCGCACGUGUACAAAAUAUUUGAAAAUGGUUUUAUGAAUAUUGCGAUAAACAAAGCGAGUGGUUGUGGCAGUAAAUGAACCUAAUACUCGUACUCGUAUAUACGAGUACAAGUCGAUACUAUAACCAAUUCACUUUUCGGACUUCAACCGUAACUAAUACUAGUUGGUAAAUAUUAAAGGCUUUCUUUUUGUUUAUGCUUUGACAGUAUGAUUUACAUAAAAAUGUUACGAAAUUACAUGUUUUAUUUAAUUUUACUAGUAAGUAAUGAUUAGACCGAAUAGUUACGUCGAUAGAUCGUUCGAUCGUCGUUCGUUUGUGACGAACACAAUGUUUCUGUAAAUGUUGCAAUAAUAAUUCAUAUCAUUUACAGUAUCGUAGCUGUAAGUUUUGCCUUUUAUUGUAUGUGUUAACUACCUUAAGUAUAUGUUAUUUACAUAAUUCGUAAGUAGCGAUAGGCAACACUGGAUUGGAAGCAUUUCAUUUGCUGCGCGUACAUUGCUGCUGCGUUUGGCUGCGGGUACAGUCACAUUCGUUGGCGGUGUUCUACCUCUACCAUAAGGCUACCUGUUAGCAGUAAACCUCGAACGGAAGUAACUGUACAUUUGUAAUUUUAUUGUUUGAACGCACAUCUAUAGUACUAGUAUGUGCGUGUGUGUAUUGUGCGGCGCUGCGCCCCAUGCCUCUCUUAAUUCAAAAAUCAAUUUGCUUUGUAAGUAUGUAAUACUUUAUCUUUCAUCGUCAUUAGAUCAGUAUACUACACUACCCACUGAACUGAGGGGCUUGGAGCCAAACUAAGUUAGGAGUGAAUUUGUCUUAAGUUUUUUAAGUUUAAAAUUACGCUCGACACCCCAUUGUUAUAACGACAACAUUAUUAUCUAUGUAAUUGGAAUUGAAAACAAUAUUAUUGUAAAGUAACGACGACGCACUUUGUAAUAUACGAGUAUGCUAUAGCAAUAACCGAUAUCUUGUCUCUUUUAGAUAGUAUUCAUAGAGACUAUAUAUUUUUUAUGCCUAAUUAUUGUUAGUUGUAGAAAUUGUACA